CGCUUGAGGGGAGCUUGUAUAGCGGGUACACACUGAAACUACCGACUCUUUCUCCCUCUGAUUUCUCAUCCAAACAACAACAACAACACCCUUCUCCGAUUAGGGUUAGGGUUUCCAUCGCUUCCCUUCGUCGUUCGUCGCUUCCGUUCUCAGAGCUAUGGAGUCUUCACUCGUGAUUAAGGUGAAAUAUGGUGAUACACUUCGGCGGUUUAAUGCGCCUGUGGCUGAGAAUAAUAGGUUGGAUCUUAACAUGGCUGGGCUGAGGGCCAAGAUAUGUUCUAUUUUCGAUUUCGCUGCUGAUGCGAAGCUGAUUUUGACAUACGUUGAUGAAGAUGGUGACUCGGUGACUCUUGUGGAUGAUGAGGACUUGCUUGAUGUGAUGAGGCAGAAAUUGAAAUUCUUGAAAAUUGAUGUGAAAAUGGUUAAUGACAAUGUUGGUAAUUCAAAUUUUGGGUCUAGUGGAAGUUCCACCCCUUUAAGAUCUCCUCCUGUCUCAAACCCAUUUGCUGGUGGAGAUUUUGGUAAAGCUGAUGUUUUUGAUGCUUUGCCAGAGCCAUUACGUGAGGCUCUUUGCUCAUCACUUUCAAAAGCUGCCUCUUCAAGUCCAGUGCUGGCUACUCUUGCUGAUUCAAUUACCAAAAUUGGACAGUCUAUUCUAAAUUCGCAUCCCCAGCCUCAUGUUGCAACUGGUACAGGCUCAGCAAAUAGUGUUCCUGAAGCCUCUGCCACUUCUGAAAAAACUCCUCAGCCUCCACAUGUGGCCUCCGCUUCCAAUGCAAGUGUCCAUGCUAGUUCAAGUGGAAGUGCCACUCCGUUAAGCUCUCCUGUCCCAGUGACUCGUCCUAAAAUUGCCCUUAGUAUGCAAUCACCUAAUAGGCAAUCUCAACAUGACAUUUCAAGUCGACUGCGUGUUCUGGCUGACUUACAUGCCAAGAACUCUUCUGUGGCCAGUCAACAGGCGAGUGCACUUAAUUUGCAAGGUCAAGCUCAAGUGCCUGCUAAUCUCGCUGGCUUACUAAACAAGAACUCUUCUAUUGCCGGGCAACAGGCGGGGGCUGGUAAUGCACUUAAUUUGCAAGCUCAAGCUGCAGCUUCAAAUCAAGCGCGUGCUAAUCUCGUUGACUUAUUUACCAAGAACUCUUCUAUUGCCCGUAAACUGGCGGGGGCUGGAAAUGCAAUUAGAGGUGGAGUGGCAGGAGUUGUAGGCCGGCCUUCGUUGUUGGACUUGGCUUCUAGUAGCCUACCUAGACAUGUAGCGGUUGUCCCUGGCCCUGCCCCUGCCCCUGUUGAUCUCAAUACCCACCCAUGUUUUCCUUCUUCAUCUCAUUCAACCAAUGUAAAUAGUGCACCACUUUCGCCAGCUGGCUGUGGAUGUAAAAUGUGUACUGAUGAUAGUUUUGCUGGUAAAGGUGAAUGUUGUGGGACAUCCACAAGUUCUGGAGCUCCUAGAAACAGCUCAACCCAGACUACUGCGAAUUGGUUUGGUCCUCCCAUCCAAUUUCCAUUUUCUGGGACAAAUACUUUUCAUUCAGGGGCAUCUCCUAUAGGAAACUGUCCAGUUUCUUCCCUUCCUUCCUUUAAAAGGAGCCAUAGUCACAAUCAGGCUAUGAGGGGUAUGUUCCACAAGGGAGUCCGCUGUGAUGGCUGUGGAGUCUAUCCAAUAACUGGGUCUCGUUUCAAAUCCAAAGUGAAAGAAAAUUAUGACCUCUGCAUCAUUUGCUUCAACGAAAUGGGUAAUAAGGCUGAUUAUAUCAGAAUGGACCGUCCUGAAUCUGCUUUGGCUGGCCCACGACGCACAAAUGAACAUACAAAAAAAAUUCAAACUAUUCCACCAUGUCUUAAUAGACGUGCACGGCCAAAGCUAGACAGUCGGUUCAUUUUGGAUGUUAAUAUCAUAGAUGGUACAAUGAUGGCUCCAUCUACUGCAUUUACAAAGAUCUGGCGUAUGCGAAACAAUGGCACUUCAGUGUGGCCCAAGGGAACUGAACUUGUUUGGAUUGGAGGAGAUGAGUUUUGUGAUUCUACUGCAGUUAAAUUAGAGGCUCCUGAGGAUGGCGUACCUGUGGGGAAUGAGAUUGAUAUUGCAGUUGAUUUUAGAGCACCUCAGUUACCUGGUCGAUAUAUAUCACACUGGAGGAUGGCAUCCCCCUCCGGCCAUGAAUUUGGCCAGUGUGUUUGGGUCCUUAUACAGGUUGAUGCUUCUGUCAUGGACACAACUUCUGAUAGCUCUCAAAACCUGAACUUGAAUAUUCCUCUUGAUGUCAGCAGCUCCAAAGGGCCUCAGAGUAUAGAUAUCAAUGCUCAACCUAUUGAAGAUGAUGCUUCUUUUCAACAAUACAAUCCUAGUGCUCCCACUGAACCUGCUGAACCUGUGAAUCAAAUGGCUGAUGUGAAUCAAAUGGUUGAUGAGGAACCAAGGCAGGAGAAGUCAGUAGACGAAUUCGCUGAAAAUGUAGACGCAUUUGUUGACCCUGCUGCCUCACCUCCUGCAACUUCUGCAGUACCUUCAUAUCUUCCCUAUCCGAAUGUUGAUAUUGACAUGGCUGAAACAGUGUCCCUGCCUGGUCCUAUUCAGCAAACCUCAGCCGCGGAUGCCCCGUCUUCAUCUAUUGGGAUUGGUGGAAAUAAUCCUGUGGAAGAGGCUCUUCUCAAAGAGCUAGAUGAAAUGGGGUUUAAGCAGGUUGAUUUGAACAAAGAGAUUUUAAGGAACAAUGGCUACAAUCUGGAGCAGGCAAUAGUUGAUCUCUGCGAUGAAUCUGGAUGGGAUCCUAUCCUUGAAGAGUUAAAGGAGAUGGGUUUCGGAGAUGAUGACAAAAAUAAGAAGCUGCUGAUGAAAAACAAUGGAAGCAUCAUGGGUGUUGUUAUGGAUUUAAUAAGCAAGGAGUAGGAUUGGUUAUAAUGUUUAUGUUGGUGAAACAUGUUCUGAGGAUGCAAAAUAUAUUCGCCUAGUACUCUAGAUAAUUGUCUAAUUUCCUUUCUCGAUCUUGUAUUGAUCGAUGUUAUGUUGGAUUUUAAUUAUGAUUCGAAACUGCCUACACUACAAUACUACAUAUAUGUACAUUAUUAUGUUUUAUAUUGCUGCAACGUUGUGGUUUAUAA